AUGGACGAACUGGAUCCUCGAAUUAUUGAAUUUGAAUCGCAAACUGCUCCAACGGAAGAAUUGGAAAGCUUUCCAUUAGAUAUCCAAGACGCCUCUACGAUCUUUCAAGUGGGAAAGAAUUUGGGUGAUAAACCAAAUGAAGAACUGAAGACUUCAUUCGCAAGAACUCAGACGCAGAAGAUGAUAGCACUAAAUACGAAUAGGUAUGACACUUUGAAAGAAGAAGUGGAGAAACUGAUUAGCAAUGGCUUCAUCGGGAAAGCCACCUAUCCGAAAUCAUCCGGUAAGUUCCUUGGGUACAUUGUGAAUCAAAGAGGGAUUGAAGCGAAUCCAGGGAUGAUUAAGGCGUUGAUUGAAAUGUGGUCACCUCAGAAGCCUAAGGAGGUUCCCGAAAUAGAAAUGAGUAUGGAAUCUGUGAAGCCUCCCACCUGGAACCUCUUUGUCGAUGGAUCAUCUGGAGAAGCUGGCUCAGGAGCAUGA